AUGGGUUGCGGUCAAAGUACGGAGUCCAAGGAGGGCAAGCAGAGAAACGAGGAGAUUGAGAACCAGUUGAAGAAGGACAGGAUGAAUCUGCGAAAUGAGAUUAAAAUGUUGUUGCUCGGUGCCGGUGAAUCUGGCAAGUCGACCAUACUCAAGCAAAUGAAGCUUAUCCACGAAGGUGGCUACUCAAGAGACGAGCGAGAAAGCUUCAGAGAAAUCAUCUUUUCCAAUACCGUGCAAUCCAUGCGCGUCAUUCUCGAAGCAAUGGAAAGCCUAGAAUUACCUCUCGACGACCAAAGGGCAGAGUACCACGUCCAAACCAUCUUCAUGCAACCCGCACAGAUCGAAGGCGAUGUCCUACCCCCCGAAGUCGGCAAUGCCAUCAAAACACUGUGGUCAGAUGCCGGCGUACAACAAGCCUUUCAGCGCAGCCGGGAAUACCAACUCAACGACAGCGCAAAGUAUUACUUUGAUGCCAUCGAUCGCAUUAUGGCACCCGCCUACGUGCCCUCAGAUCAAGAUGUACUCCGCUCGCGUGUCAAGACCACUGGUAUCACUGAGACGACCUUCAUCAUUGGCGACUUGACGUACCGAAUGUUCGACGUUGGCGGUCAGCGGUCGGAACGUAAGAAGUGGAUCCACUGCUUCGAGAACGUGACUACCAUUCUCUUCCUCGUUGCCAUUUCGGAGUACGACCAACUGCUCUUUGAGGACGAGACGGUGAAUCGCAUGCAGGAGGCGUUGACACUGUUCGACUCCAUUUGCAACAGCCGGUGGUUCACGAAGACGAGCAUCAUUCUUUUUUUGAACAAGAUCGAUCGGUUCAAGGAGAAGUUGCCCGUGAGUCCAAUGAAGAACUACUUCCCGGAUUAUGAGGGUGGCCAGGACUACGGCGCGGCAUGUGAUUACAUUCUCAACCGCUUCGUAUCGCUGAACCAACAUCCGACCAAGCAGAUCUACACGCAUUUCACCUGUGCAACGGACACGAUGCAGAUACGCUUCGUGAUGGCGGCAGUGAACGACAUCAUUAUUCAGGAGAAUUUGAGGAUGUGCGGCUUGAUAUAA